AUGUCCCUUAUGGAGUCCUACUCGCCAGAUCACUAUUACCGAGUUCUGCAUGACCUGUAUAAUAUCCAACAAAACAUUACAGGAGAUACUUAUCAUUUCUUUUACUCCUUGAUAGAAAAAAGAGAUGAACAAAGCAGGUUUGGUAAACCUAUGAUUUGGAUAGGGAUAUAUAUUGCAAUAGCUUCUGUUUUCUGCAUCUUACCAAUGCUAGCUGAUCUAUUACAUGGUUUCAAAAACAAAAAGCUAUGGUUUCCAUGUAAAUACUUUACUCUGAAUGCCGCUUCUCUCACUGUGAUAGCUAUUGCAGUGAAGCUACCCAUGGAUCUAAAUAAUCCAAUGCCAGGUAUUACAGACCAGAUGUCAAAGUUUGGAAGCUUGGCAUUUAUGUGCACCAUGAUGGCCAACUUAUUACCUUCCUUAGCAUCCAUGGACGGCAAGGAACUUCUCACAAACAUCAUAUCUUUGGGUAUUUUGGUAAUCACCAUGAUUGUGAAUGUUUGCAUUCAAUUACAAACUGGUGUUCUAGACGUUUAUUACCUUCCUUUUUUAGUAAUCUUUGAUGUGAUUAUGUUAUUCUUGAUGCUUAUGAUGUAUGUGACUUCUGCUUUAACAAUUUCAAAGUCUAAACAAAUACUAGAGUCACAAUACCAGGCUAGUCAUGAAAAAGCUUUGAAUGAGCUAGAAGUGCAACAAUCCGGACGACUAAUUGAGAAGCUAAGACAAUAUGUGAACAACCAUUGGAUCAUGGCAGGAACAGGCAACCCCCAAUUCAUGGUAGCAUGCUUUGCUACAAGCUCUGCUGCCGGGGCAAUAUGUGUUAUAAUGACUGUUUUCCAUUUUCCUAGUGAGAUGUUCAACAAUUCAGAUAUAUGGGACGACUGUGAGUCAGAUUAUAAGCGCUCAACUUCGUUAAUCUUCAUAAUGCAAUAUACAGGGGUACUUGUGGGUACAAUUGCCCCCAUUUCUAGAUGUUUUGCAUCCUUAAAUUUGAAGUUUUCCCUCAAAUGGAUUUAUAGCCAUAUCAUGGUCUUUAAAGUAGAGUGCCAUUAUACACAGAAACUAUACGAUUGGAAACGGAGCAGUAUACCACUAUCAUUCAAAACCCGGAGAUGCAAAAUUGUCAUUCACAAUCUAAAAGCACUAAUUCUUACUUUUUGUAUAGGACUUCAGAUGGCAAUCGUUAUAGCAUGCAAGUUGGUGUCAUUGAUCCCAAUACUUCUAGUUAUUUGUGUUAUGUACUGUUGGAAGUGCUUAAAAGCCAUGUUUAUUGCCUUAAGAUUUUUGUUUUGUGUUUUGUACUGCUGGGGGCGGCUAAAGGCCAUGUUUAGCGCCUUAGCUUUUGUGUCAGAAAAAGAGCCCGAACAGUUACAACAGAAAAAAGAUCUAAGGCAAUAUGUAUUGCAACUUCAAGAUGAUGUGGAGCUUGCUGAUAGAACCUUGAAAGCCAUGCUAAAUUCUGUAAACCACUUGAUCCAGAACGCCGAAAAGCAAAAACCUGUCAAUUUAAUGAAGCUUCUAGAGGGAUCUAGUGGUUAUGAAGGAGUUGGAAUGUAUGACAUGCAUCAAGUUCCACCUUUACUUCUAGAUGAAUAUUCAGACUCUUGGAGCUUAACAGUGGUAAAUCUGACAACCAUUGCCAUUUCUCUUCCUAACAUCCAAAAAAACAUAGUUCAUAAGCUGCUGAGCGGUGUGAGUGAAGGUCUUAAAUAUGUCAAACAUGUUGAAGAAGGCCUCAAUUCUACCGAUAACUAUGUAAACCUUCAAAAGGCGUCUGAAAUGUUGUGGCUAGAAGUUGAAGUGUAUUACACAUGGUUAGGAAACAACCUGCAAAAAGUUGCUACUCAAGUACAUUCAAUGGAGCAAAUACUUCAAUGGUUCACGGAUAUAGCUAAAAACCUGAUCACCGAGGUGGAAAAUACAAAUAUUGAAGUCGCAAAUGAUAACUUGAUCUGUCGUACUGUUUCUGCCAAUUCAAUGUAUUGUAUUACUCAAGCAAUCUUACGUUCUUACCACGACAACAAUGACAUUGACAUUAAUGAGGUAACAGAACACGACCUAUUUAUGCAAUUAUCAUCAAUGAUCUCAGACAUAUUAGCUGCUUGUCUCACCAACUUACCCCAAGUCAUAACAUUAAAAUGCCACACAAAAGCCAUAGAGAAAAGAGAGGCGAGUGUUCAAGCUGCAGCCCAUCUUCUUGGUCAGACUAUGGAGAUAAUCAAUAGCCUUCAAGAUCGUGGACUUCCAAACUUGAAUCCAGCUGAGUUGCCAUUUAUUAACAAGUGGCGUUAUUAUUUUAACCGCAUUCCGUAA